UGACAAAAUGGAACACACCAGCAGUGUGAGGAGACCUGAAAGUGGCACAUGGCAUGGCAGAGUGUGGCGAUGGAGACAGCAGCAAUGGGAGGCGGUACAGGGACCCAUGAGACACUGUGGACCUGGCAGCAGCAUGAGGAGGCGGUACGGGGGCCCAUGGCAGAUUACAGGCCUGACAGCAGCAAUGGGAGACGCCCGUAAUCUGCCAGCAACCUAUGACAAAAUGGAACCCAGCAGGAGUGUGAGGAGACCUGAAAGUGGCACAUGGCAGAGUGUGGCGAUGGAGACAGCAGCAAUGGGAGGCUGUACAGGGACCCAUGAGACACUGUGGACCUGGCAGCAGCAU